UUUAGGAAAUGUUUCCUUGCGGCAUUCUAGCAAGAUAUUUCUUUUUGAACUCAUGGCCAGAAGUGGAAUCAUGAACUGGCUGAAGUCGCUGAAAGUUCGAUAUUUUUGUUAUGGUAUUCUUUUGUCUACUGUCGCUUGGGUUGGACUUCUUUAUGUUUUCCUGACUUCCGGUCAACAACAUUUUGAGUUUUCAGGUGAUCGAGGCGUGAAUGAUGCCCAACAACGGAAUGUGUUCGUGUUACCAGAAGAGAAAGAUUAUAAUGUUUCUGAUGCCAUGGGUAUGGUUCGAAAUGAUGACGACAUUGACGUGAAGACGAAAGGCAUGGCGGAACACGCCUUCAAUGUGUCCAUCGGUGGCUUAUCGCAAAGAUCUUCCGACUGUAUCUGUGAUAGUUUGCUUCCACAACGAAGCUCGAUCGCCUUUGGAGAGAACCGUUUAUUCCGUGCUGAAACGCUCCCCAGAGGCGUUGCUGGUGGAGAUCAUUUUAGUGGACGAUUUCAGCGACUCAGGUUUUUCCCGUUUUUUUCAGUAAAAUUUACUGAAAAUCAUUUUGAGAAUUUCUUAAUUUUUUCAGAAUAUUCCGAAGCCGCGAAGCUGAUCUCUCAUCCGAAAGUACGUUAUUUUCGCACGGAAGAACGCGAAGGAUUGAUUAGGGCGAGGAUGAUUGGUGCUAAUUCGGCAACUGGUGCUGUUCUUGUGUUCCUCGAUAGUCACUGUGAAGUGAACAAGCAGUGGUUGGAACCCCUGGUGGAGCCGAUUGCGGAAAAAGCGAGUGUGGUAACGGUUCCCAUCAUCGAUAUGAUCGAUCCCGACACGUUUGAAUACAGACCUUCGCCUUUAGUCAAGGGGGGUUUCAACUGGGGACUUCAUUUCAAAUGGGACAAUGUUCCUCGUGAACUCUUGGCUAACAAAGAAGACUUCGUGAAGCCAAUCAAGUCCCCGACAAUGGCCGGUGGACUUUUCGCGAUUGAGAGGGACUACUUUUUCCACCUGGGUGGUUACGACUUGGGAUUGAAAAUCUGGGGUGGAGAGAACUUGGAGAUUUCCUUCAAGAUUUGGAUGUGUGGCGGUGAGAUGUUCAUUAUGCCGUGUUCUCGAGUUGGGCAUGUGUUCAGAAAACGAAGACCCUAUUCCUCGCCUGGAGGCGAUUCCAUGAUGAGAAAUUCCUUGCGUGUCGCCCGCGUUUGGAUGGAUGAUUAUGUCAAAUACUAUUACGCGACGAGACCAGAAGCAGAGGCUGAAGAUGUUGGAGAUCUGAAAGAGCGAAUACAGUUGAGGGAACGUUUGCAGUGCAAGUCAUUCAAGUGGUAUUUGGAAAAUAUUUAUCCGGAAUUGGAAGUCCCUCCGUUGAAUGGGUCUGAUCCGGGCCUUCGACGCGUUAAUGGAUCUCCUGUGAGCAGGCCAUCGAAAAAUCCAUUCACGAGGCGCUUUCAGAUACGUUUGAGCGGAAGCAAGCUUUGUUUGGCAUCCGAAGACGGAGACGUCGCCGCCAAGGGUUCGUUUCUGCAUCUUGUGGAUUGCUUAAUGGGGAAACGGAAGGGACAGACGUGGUAUGAAACAAAUCAUGGGGAAUUGCGUCUUGAAAACGUCUUGUGCAUGGAUGCCCACCCCUUGAAGGGUGCUCGACUUCUGAAGUGCCAUCAGUCUGGAUCAUCACAAGAAUGGCGAAUCGGAACCGACCGAGAAACGCCGCUCUACAGCUUUGCGUCAGGAAUGUGCCUUGGAGUCGAAUCGGCUUCUUCCCGAGCCCGUGCUAAAAUGGUCGUCUGUGGUGCAGAUAAAUCGCUCGCUCAGUGGGACGUUUUGGAAUACUGAAUGCACGGAAAAACAUUCUAGACUUAAGCAUGUUACACGACGGUCAUUCUUUGUUUUACGUCGCAGACACAGAUUCUGAGAUUUUAAUUUAUAUUGCCUGCAUUAAGGUUCAGAUUAGGUUCAAAAAUGAGACACUUCCUUGACCUUCGAAAAGCGGAGGUAAAACAGACCUGGGGGCAAAAUUUAUUUUCCAGAAAAAAUUGUUACGAAAUGAUUUUAAGGCACGGUAUAAUUUGAAGAAUUCUUUUGAAGUAACUAAAUAAAAUUCUGAGACAGAACUUCGAAAAGGCGCAGAAAUCUUCCGAUGUCCACAAUUGAAAAAGACAAGACGGGUGAAAUUGCAUCGAGGUUUGAUAAUUUGAACAAAAUGCGUUAAUUCGAGGUAUUGCGCAUUUAGGAAAUCCUGAAAUGAGCCACGGGGAAGAAUCUUUUGAUGUAAGCAUCGCAGAAGAACUUGGUAAUCUUGCGUUUCAAAAAUUGUUCGUUGCGAACGAGUGGGUGUUUUGGAUAUUUGUACUAUGUGUGAACGAUCUAUGGGUUGCUUCUCAACUGUAAUUGGUUGUGAUAAGGAAGAAAUGCAAGCUGUUGGACGUGGAAAGAA